AGUCAAUACCUCUUCUAGACUUUUUGCAAGAAACUCCUCCAGGGGGAAAAGCCACAAUACCGAUACACCAACUGGCAACAACAAAUACCGUAUACUGCCACCGCCCUCCGUUGUCUGGCCUGGUCUUCUAUCUUUCUCUCCUCCACCUCCAAAUCAUCAUUCCAUCGUCUUUUUUUCAUCGCUUCCCAUCGGAAAUACCUACUCCAUCUUCCUCAUUUCUCUAGAGCUAUUGCUGCUGGCACUAGCUGAUUUCCUGCAUUAAAUCUACUACACCGUUGCGCCUUUGAACACUAUGGCCGAGAUCCGUCGCAAGCUCGUCAUCGUCGGCGAUGGUGCCUGCGGUAAGACCUGUCUGCUCAUUGUUUUCUCCAAGGGCACCUUCCCCGAGGUCUACGUCCCCACAGUCUUCGAGAACUACGUCGCCGAUGUCGAGGUUGAUAACAAGCACGUCGAGCUCGCUCUUUGGGAUACUGCUGGCCAGGAAGAUUACGACCGUCUCCGUCCUCUCUCAUACCCCGACUCACAUGUUAUCCUGAUCUGUUUCGCUGUGGACUCCCCCGAUUCGCUCGACAACGUCCAGGAGAAGUGGAUCUCCGAAGUUCUGCACUUCUGCCAGGGUCUCCCUAUUAUCCUCGUCGGCUGCAAGAAGGAUCUUCGCGACGACCGCAAGACUAUUGACGAGCUUGCCAAGACCUCCCAGCGCCCCGUUUCCCAAGACCAGGGUGAGGAAGUCCGCAAGAAGAUCGGCGCCUACAAGUACCUCGAGUGCUCGGCCCGCACCAACGAGGGUGUCCGUGAAGUCUUCGAGGCUGCCACUCGUGCUGCUCUCCUGAAGGCCGUUAAGGGCAAGGGAGGCCGCAAGCCUGGCAAGGGCUGCCUGAUUCUCUAAACGAACCAAUUGUCGAGGUGGUCUGGCUCGAGUAGAGAUCAUAUGUAUGAGAGCCUCCACGAAAAACAAUUGGUGACGUUGUUCUCGGAAAGGAGGAGGGCUUCAUGGCCUGCAUGCGAAAUUGUGGAUAAUAUCGAAUCCGGGCACCCGAGUCGUGGAGGUCUCCCCCCACAAUUCAGCUGGUCGACCUUGUGUUUUUCUUUUGCCUUUAUUUGCAGAAUUUGUCUAGGGAGGCGUUGUCUUCAUCAUAACCCUGUGGGCUUUUCUUUUUCUUUUCCUCUCGUUCCGACGCCGUGAAUAUUCAAAUGCCAAACCGCUACGUUGAGGUGGCAGCUAUAAACCAACAGAAAAGCACCGAAAAAAAGAACCCAGAAUUGGAACAACCAGGAGAUGAAGAGGGGAAGCCAUUCAGUGUAGCACCCGUUGUGCAAUUUGGUCAACGCCGUGACUCGCCUUCCCUGGUCGAGUUCCCCCUGUGUCAUAGAUUCUUGUCCCUGCGGUUAUCUCCCCAUACGCGAAGAGCUUGAUUCGGCUUUUACUGUUUUCUCUCCCUCCUUUACUACAUUUGUUUUUAUGUUACAGCUUAUGCAUGGUACUGUCUGUUUCCAUCUGAUAUGUGUACCUUCCCAUGCGUAAUCCGGCAGUCUGCGUAAUCCAGUGUCCGUAAAGCUAGCUGUAUAUAUUUCAAUGCUUCCAAC